GCGAGAAACGCGUAUUUGCGUGAAAAAGGAAAAGAAAAAAAAAUUCAUACGCCAAGUUUUUAAACCACACAAACCCAUCUUUCCUAUACUACAAUAAUGCAGCCGCUAACGCCUAGUCGCCGAAAUACAAAGUCGACGCCCUUAUCCGCGCAAUCAAAACAGACAAGCAUUAUAGCAUACGCUUCAUCAAAGGAUACCCAUGAGACAACCGAAAGUCCGAAGAAACCGUUGGCCACAAUAACCAAUAAAUCAUUGCACAAGAUCCCGGAGUCACCGGAACGAAAGGCAGACAAUCAAAAACUAGCUCACCAGUCACAACCCCCAAAUCACGCCUGUCAGCACCAGCAACCAUCUAUUCUCCCAUAGGGUCUCCCUUAAGCAAACGGACACUGGAUGUGC